AUGUUUUAUUAAACACAAUAUUUAUUUAAUACAAUUAUUUAAAUAAAAAUUAGAUCUUGUUGAAAUUCACUCCUAUCUUUCAUAAAAAUAAUGAAAACCGCAAGGUUUGAGCCAAAUAAGCGUUAAUUACACUAUUAUGUGUGCAAAACAUUGCCAAAAAGAUGCCAAGGCUUAAACCAAUCAGAGCACAUCGGUAUCCUUUGCCAUAGAGUUACUAGUUUUUUAGUUAUUUGCGAACUCGUCAAAUUUGCGAACCGAAACUACCCGAUCCCGAGAUAUAUUUCACGGACUAACGGUUCAUUCAUUGCACAAGGCUAUUUAAUUAUGUUUAAUAUUAGAAUAUAAUAAACUUAACAGCAUUUCAUACAUUGUGAAAUUUUAUUAUUUGGAAAUGGAGCAAAGAAAAUCAUUUUCUGCAGCCAUUAGUUGUGAAAAAUGUGGGAUAACGUUUAAAGAAAGGAAAAAUUUAAAUGCUCACUGUAGAAAUUUCCAUCCAGAGCAAAAUUACCUCAUCAAGAGCAAUCAAAUUUGUGGACUAUGUAGUGGGGCUUUUAGGACGAUAGUUAAAUUGCAAGAGCAUAUGCAGAGUCAACAUUCCAUAAAUCUCAACUACAUCAAUGAGACUUUUUACUCAGCUCAAGAUUUUCUGAACUGGAAAGUGAGAAUUGAGAAAGAAAGCCAGUCGUCCUAUAUACUUCGAAACUCCUCUGAAAAAAAAGAUGUAGGAAAAAAAUUAUCUUAUUACAUCUGCCAUCGCAGUGGCUGCUUUAAGCCAAAGGGAGGAAAAAUUCGCCAACUCAAAGCGUCGGGUUCGAACAAAUCUGGUUUCACUUGCCCUGCAGUUAUAAAAGUAUGUACAGAAACUAUCUAUGGGAUUUCUGAAAUAAAGGUUUUGUACCAAUCUGUUCAUGUCGGACAUGAAAUGGAGGUUGGAAGAUUGCGCUUGACAGAAGAAGAAAGGACAGAUAUUGCUGCAAAUCUUCAUCUCGGAAUACCCAUGACAAAAAUACUAGAUGAAACAAGACGUAACUUUUCUCCAAAAAAUCGUCUCAGUUUGACAACCAGGAAAGAUUUAUGUAACAUAAAGAGUGGCUUUAAAAUUCAAGAGGAAACAGUUAUGCAUCAAGAUGAUACUACAUCCAUCGACAUACUAGUUAAAAAAUUAAAAAAUGACGAGAAAAAUCCGGUGCUUAUUUAUAAGCCAGUUGGAGAAAUUUUACAAGAUUAUCCUUCUGUACGUCAAAACGAUUUUUUAUUUGGACUAAUGAAUGAUGCCCAAGAAAAAUUGCUUGAAAUAUACGAGAGUGCAUGCAUUAUGAUUGACUCGACCCAUGGAACAAAUCAAUAUGGGUUCGAGUUAACAACGGUAAUGGUGCACGACGAAAAUCAUGAAGGUUUGCCAGUUGCUGUAUUUUUUUCUUCGAGAACCGCAAGCGACAUUCUUUUGCCUUUCUUUGAUAGCAUUAAAAAACGCAUCCCAAAUUUAACAACUAAAGUUUUAAUGAGUGAUGACACCAAUUCAUUUUUAAAUGCUUGGGAAUCCAUUUUUAAUUCUAAACCUUUACAUCUGCUAUGUAUUUGGCAUGUCAAUAGAAACAUUAAUCGUAAUAUAAAUUCAAAAGUGAAAACUUGUAAUAGGGAAAAUAUUAAAAAACAAAUGAAUGAUAUUGUAACAGAAUUAGAUACAACAACUUUUAAUUCUUUGAUCGAAAAAUUUAAAGAAGAAGAAAGUUCUUUUGUUCAGUACUUCGAAACAACCUACAAAAAAAGACCAGAAAAGUGGGCCUACUGCUAUAGAAAAGGAUUAGGUAUAAAUACAAAUAUGAAAUUAGAAAGGUGGCACCGCCAGAUAAAGUAUGAAGAAAGUGGAGGAAUUGUUAUGAAAAGGUUAGAUAAAUCAAUCGCAGUUAUUACGAAUGCCAUCGCUAAGAAACUCCUGGCAAGAGUUAUAUCAAUAGAAAGAGGCAAGCUGACUCAUAAAAUGAUUUCAAUUCGAAAGAGACAUGCCAGCAGCAUAGAAAUGAAAGAUAUUUAUAGUUCUAUUCAAUUAAAUGAAAAUACAUUUAUUAUUACGAAAACAAUUGGAGAAUCAAUUUUUACUUACAGUGUAGAAAAAAUUAAUGCUACAGAAUGCUGCCCAAUAAAAUGUGACCAAUGCAAUGUGUGCAUACACUCUAUGUCUUGCACCUGCAUUGAUUAUUCAAUAAAAUUUUUAAUUUGCAAACAUAUUCAUUAUCAUUCUCGCGCUAGCUACCGUCAUGAACGGUGGCGAUAUGGAGGAUGCUGGGAGCAAGCGCUUUCGCGCCGAUACCCACGAUGGAAUGAUAAUUGA